GGGGGUUUUGUCUUCUGUGCUUUAAAAAAAUUACUUAUUCCUAUAAAAAAGAGAAACUAAAUAACCCGUUAUGCUGGGUUUGGGUACAUUUGGGGUUUUCUCCUUUUGCAGCUGCCCCACAACAUAAUCCUAUAGGAAAAGUGAGGGUUAAGGCAGGUAAACAUUGGGAAUAAAUCCCUCAUUAUUUCUGCAGCCUUGCCCACAGCAACCAGGGGUGUUUUUUAAGAUUUUUGCCCAAUUUGGUCGUUUCAAAAGCAGCAGGAACUCGGCUGCCUCGGUGGCCACAGGAUGUCACUGUUCCUCCACAAACCGAUUACUUUUCCUUUUAUUUUCCAUCUGGAUUUCCUCCUCUGCUGCUCUCUGAUUGUCAGCAGAGCAUUCCUGCAGGCUGUGAUCCUGCAGGAAGGGAUGCCUCAAGUAGAAAGAUAUUUCCAUUUUAGGAAUGACAGAGCUGGAUGGUUCCCUCCAAGAAUAUAGAUUGGAGCCUGUAAAUGUUAUGAUGUGGGACUUGCAGUUCCAGGAAUACCCUCGUGUGGAUUAACUGGGUGCCCUGGGCUAUCAGACAAGCUCUGAUGAGGGAUUAUAUUGAAGAAUAUUUAUGUUUCAGAUUGGGCACUGGCUGAGGUGCUGAUUUCCAUCCGUAACUAAGAAAUGAAGCUGCUCAAAUCCAUCAUUUCAGUGUGGCUUUUACAUAACAGUUACGUGGGAAAAAAAAAAAAAAAGGGCCUUGCAAAAACACUUGAUGUUUUCCUGAGUGUGAAAAUACACCUUUAAAAGAAAUUAUUUAUUUUGCUGGCCUUCCUGUUGUGUUUGAGAGAAUUUUAAUUCCCCCCCCUUGCAUGUUGUAAUUACAGGUUUUCCUCCUCCUGUGAAGGUGAUUCUGAGCUGCUACACCUGAGUGGCCACACAUCAAUCCUGUAACUAAAUUUCAAGUGACUUUGAACUUCUGUUUACAGCGUUCUGAAAACAUGAUUUCCACGGGACGUGCCUCUCCUGCCAGGACAAACUCAGACACGUUUCACGGGUAAAAUAAGCAAUUGUGAGAUUCACCCAAAAGCCUCAAAAAGCCAGAGGGAAAUCCAGGCCGGCGGGAGCUGCAAUGAAGCUGCUGCUUUUGUCCUGGCUGCUCCGUGGCCUGGGUGAGCUCCCAGCUGGCAGAGGCUCCUUUCCCCCAAGCUGCACAUUCCCUCUCUCCCGCAGGACGCGGGAAGCAGCUGUGCAGGCAGAGCUGUGUCGUGGUGCGCUCCCGAGGGCUGAUUUCAUCCCUUGGCUGCAGUGGUGGGAUGCCUCCCGGGACAGCUGGAGGAGAAACCCGAAAGGAUUGGAAUCCCUGAGUGUGAGCUGAACUGUUGGUGUCGCAGGAAACGAAAUGUAACACAGCUCAAGCAAACUGAGCUAGAGAUCAGUGCAAGGCUGGAGUGAGGGAGGGCUUGGAGAGAUGACAUCUGAUCUUGCAUUUAUCUCUUCUUUAUGCACUGCUCUCUGGGUCUUAAUUAAUCAUUAAGAAUCCAUGGUGGAUAAAAAACCAGCUUUGUGUAAUCGCUGGACUUGCUUCAUUUUAAAACACAGGAAUCUUGAGAUAUAAACCUGAAAUUCCUGCAAAACCAUGAGGAGGGCAAAGGCCCGGUGCCAUUGACUGGUGUGUUCAUGGGGAGGGUCUCGCAGCUGUUUCUGUGGGUGACAGCCACACUCCGAGAGGUGUCACAGCCUCCUGCAGCCCUGGGGGCGAGGGCUGCUCCAGGCUCUGCUGAGCCUCGGCAGGUCUGGAAGAAGGAAGGCACAGCCAGAGCUCGGUGUGUCCUGCUGGGAGAGCCCUGCUCCGUGCUUUUGGGCCACCUCCCUCCUGGGAUCGUCCUGGGACGUGCCCCUGCUGGCGAGCUGAGCAUGGGAAGCGUUCUGCUCAUUAAUGACAUUUCCCAGCUGAGCUCUGGGUCGCAUCAAUGGCUCUGCAGAGCGCCAGGAGCUCAGGUGGGAGCCAGGGCAGCAGCAUUCCCUGGGGAAAGGCUGCUGGGGCCACCCUGCAGGACCUGACACCACUGUCCCCUCAGGAGAGGGAGAGGAGGAGCUGGAACACUGCUGAGGGCCUCUGUCCCCUGCUUCCCAGGGCUGCUGUUCCCUUCUUCCCAGGGCUGCUGUCCCCUGCUUCCUCUGCUCUGCGAGGGGAAAGCAAAGCAGUUUUGGGCUGUGUGAGCCCAAGGACAGUCAGCUGUGGCCUUGGGGGACAUCCCUGCUCCCAGGGGAAGCCUCUCCCAGACUUUUCUCCUUUGGAGCACAUCCAGGCCCUGGGGCAGAUGCAGUAACCAGUGCCCUGAGAGUCUGGGACCUGGGGCUGCUCUGGGCAGUGCCCUGAGCCCUGAGGAGCAGCCGCCACCACUGCCACCACUGCCGCCACUGCUCUUGGUGGCACACUCUGUGUCCCUGGGGCUGUGCAGAGCUGCCUCCCCACACCAGGCUGUUCCCAGCGCUGCUGCUGCUCCUGGGCUCCCUGUGGAGCUCAGGGGGCUGUGGGGGGAGGCAGAGGCUCUGUGCAGGCAGGGGUUAAGCGUUCUGAAUUUGCAAUAGGCAGCCAGCUUUCCCAUAUAAGAGCACUGCACUCAUUGGCUCUCCCCUUCACUGAGAAAUCCAGCCAGUCAUUUCCUGUGCAAGCCCUCCUUCACUCUGCAAAAAGCCACACGUUGAGUAAAUCACAAGGUUCUGGGGGUGUUCCUUCCCACAGGAACCUUGGAUUCCCUCAUGGACCAGCCAGGAGCUCCCCGCUGUGCCACUACCAGGCUGCUGAGAUGAACAUGGGCUUCCCUGCAUGGCUUCUCACCCAUGGAUGGAAAUAAUUCAGGGUCUGCCUUCAUGCCAGUUAACACUUCUUGCUGCUUGACUUGGUUUCUGCUGGGAGGUCAUUUCCCCUCUGAAGGACCCGUGGGGACUCCUUGUCAGAUCAGCUCUUGGGUGGAGCUUGCAGCAACUUCUGACGCUCUGUCUGUGCAAGACUGACAAUAAAUAACUCUCUUGAGCGCUGUGGAGAGAUGGGAACUGCAGCUGAGGAAUGAUUUUGGGGAGAGGAAGACAGAAAAGCACGAGCAAACUUGUGGAAAUGCAAAUAUCCUUCUAAAGGAUUCGGCAAAUGUAACCAGCUAUGGAGUCUGGCUGUAGCCCCAGCAAGGGAGAUUUCUCUUCGGAGGAAACCUGUUAACCCUUUGGAGGGAGUGCCUGGGAACGAGCAGGAGCUGCUGAGCAGAGCUCUGCUGCAGGUUUAGUUCCCCCCAGGGAACAUCUUUGUGAUCUGCAGGACCAUCUCUCCUGGCAAUGGAUAAGUUCACGAAUGGGCAGCCGGGCCCAGCUCAGAGGAACAGGCUCAUAGGAUUGCUAGAAACAGAUGACAGCACCCAGGAGGAGAAACCUGCCCCCAGCAAAAAGGAGGAAAGGUCAGGACCUGGGAGGAAAGGAGAGCCACAACCCUUGGAGACGCCUUAUCAGAAGGAGAGCAGUGACUUUGCCCCUAAAAUCAAGAUUAAUCUGAAUUAUCGGCCAGGACUCGUCAGCAACCAGAAGGACCCGAAUCGCUUUGACAGGGAGCGGCUGUUCAGCGCCGUGGUCAGGGGCAGCCCCGAGGCUCUGCACGGUUUGCUGGAGUACUUAAGGAGGAACUCCAAAUUCCUCACCAAUUCCGAGUACACAGAUGCAAAGACUGGGAAAACCUGCUUAAUGAAAGCCCUGCUGAACUUAAAAAAUGGGAAGAACGACACAAUCCCAGUCCUGCUGGAAAUAGACCAAAAGACACAGAACCCCAGGCCUCUUGUCAACGUGUCCUGCUCUGACUGUUUCUACAGAGGCCAGACCGCCCUGCACAUUGCCAUCGAGAAAAGGAGCCUGGAGAUGGUGAAACUGCUGGUGGAGAACGGAGCUGAUGUCCAUGCCAGAGCCCACGGGGAGUUCUUCAGGAAGAAGAAAGAAGGAGUUUACUUUUAUUUUGGUGAACUGCCCCUCUCCUUGGCUGCCUGCACCAACCAGCUGGAUGUGGUGGAUUACCUUUUAAACAACCCCCACCAGAAAGCCAGGCUGCAGGAGCAGGACACCCAGGGCAACACGGUGCUGCACGCCCUGGUGAUGAUUGCAGACGACACCGAGGAGAACACCAAGUUUGUGAGCAGCACCUACGUGGAGAUCCUGAAGGCGGGCGUGAAGCUCGACCCCACGUGCAAGCUGGAGGAGAUUGUCAACUAUGACGGCUUAAAUCCCCUGCAGCUUGCUGCCAAGACAGGCAAAGUGGAGAUCUUCAGGCACAUCAUCCAGAGGGAGAUCAAGGAGCCGCUGUACCGGCACCUGUCGCGCAAGUUCACCGAGUGGACCUACGGCCCCAUCCACGUGUCCCUCUACGACCUGUCCUCCCUGGACAGCUUCGAGGAGAACUCUGUGCUGGAGAUCCUGGCCUACAGCAGUGACACCCCGAACCGGUACAAGAUGGUGGUUUUGGAGCCGCUGAACAAACUGCUGCAGCAAAAAUGGGAAACCUUUGCUUCCAAGAGGUUCUACUUCAGCUUUGCCUCCUACCUGUCAUUCAUGAUCAUCUUCACAGCCAUUGCAUACUAUCAGCCCUUAAGGGUAAAGCCUUCCUUCCCCGUGGAGUUCACGGCUGGAGGCUUCCUGUGGGUCUCUGGACUGAUCAUUAUCUUGUUGGGAGGCAUUUAUCUGAUCUUUGCUCAGAGCCUGUACCUGAGGAGGAGGCGCCAGUCCCUGAAGACCAUGUGCUCUGACAGCUGCAUCGAGAUCCUGAUCUUCAUCCAGGCCUUCUCCCUGCUGCUCUCAGCAGUGCUGUAUGGGGCCAGCUCAGAGAACUACGUGGCAGUGAUGGUGUUCUCCCUGCUCCUGGGCUGGGUGAACACCCUCUACUACACCCGCGGCUUCCAGCGCACCGGCAUCUACAGCGUCAUGAUCCAGAAGACCAUCAUGAGAGACCUGCUGCGUUUCCUCCUGGUUUACAUGAUCUUCCUCUUUGGCUUUGCUGCAGCCCUGGUGACGCUGAUGGGCGAUGCCCCCUCGGUGUCCCACAACAAGUCCCUGGCUCACCUGGAGAGCUCGGGCAGCCACGCCAUGUACGGGGGGCUGCUCAGCGUCUCCCUGGAGCUCUUCAAGAUCACCAUCGGCAUGGGGGACCUGGACUUCCAGGAGCACGCCAGGUUCAGGUACUUUGUCAUGCUGCUGCUGCUGCUGUUUGUGAUCCUCACCUACAUCCUGCUGCUGAACAUGCUGAUCGCCCUCAUGAGCGAGACCGUCACGGAUAUUUCUGGCUACAGCAAGAGCGUCUGGAAGCUGCAGAGGGCAAUUGCAAUUCUAGAAAUAGAGAAGGCCUGGCUGUGGCGCCAGGGUGGGAAGAGGAGAUCUGGCUGCUUCAUGUCAGUGGGGCUCAAUAAGAAAGAUGAGAGGUGGUGUUUCAGAGUAGAGGAAAUUAAAUGGACAGAUUGGGCAAAGGAUGUGGGAGUUCUGAAGGAAGAACCUGGGAUCGCCAAUGAUUCAGAAAUAAAUCCAGAAGCUUCCUGCUGAUGAGGGGCUGCUCCUGUGUCCCUGCUGCAGACACCAGCUCCUGGAGACCAGCACAGAAACCACCCCGAGCAGCUGCCCCAGAGGAGCUGGCCCUGCUGCAGCCCCAGGCACCAGGCACAGAGAUGGUGCCUCUGCAGAGACAGCCCAGAGAGCUUUGACAGCUUUCCUGAACCUGCCUCCAUCUUCAGAGGAGCUGUUCUCCCCCCAGCAGCUGCAAGAACUGAAGGCACUGUCAGCAGCAAAGUGCAUUUUGUGGAGGACUGUGGUUCAGCCUGUGGCUUUCAGCAUUCUCAUGCACUUUAAUGAUUCAUUUCCUCUGAAGAAACUGUUUUUACUCGACUUUUCUCUGCCUGACACUUACUCUUCCUAAAGAUGCAGUGGAGGGAGCGAGCUGCUGGGGCUGUGGGGGAGGCAGAGCUCUCUGAGCUGUGCAGGGAUGAUGCUCAUGGAUGAUGCUCAUGGAAUCACCUGGCUGAGGAUGGCCCAGCCUGCUCUCUCACCCCAAGGGACUGCACUGAAGUGCUUUGGAAUAAAGAGUGUUGUAGAGUCCUAAAAGCUGCUGAGGGUGGAGUUGUCUCUGUGCUGGUGUGAGAUGUGAGUGGACAAACCCUCCCCCUGUGCAGCACCUGCAGGGCUCCGUGGUUAAUCCACAUCAGGAUCCCCAUUUCACACUUCCAGAGUGAAAUUCUGUGCAAGUUUCUCUGAAAGCACAGGAGGUGAUGUGGAUUUCUUGGACUGAAACUUCACUGGUGGAUUUCUGGGACUUUCACGGGUUGCUUUGUCUCUGUAAUAAACAGCAGCAGAAUCCUGCUUGUGGCCCUGAGAGACUGAAGGGCCAACAUUUUGUGUGUGGUUUUUGCUUCCUGUUACUCAUGAUGGGCAUCCUGUCUUGCUGCAAAUGUCUGCAAGGACCUCGUUUUCCUUUUUGUGAUUGGCAUCCUGCUUCAGGCAGGAGGGGCAGCCUGCUGCAAACUCUGGGAAAAAGAGAUAAAAAUGAGCUGUCUCACCUUUCACUCUAUUCAACAGUAAUAACAUGUACAAUUCCUGUAAACAAUACAGCAAGUGUACUUAA